UUUUUUUUUGACAGUCUAGAUUUUGAAUGCUUACAUUGGGGGGAGGUCACCAGAACACAUUAAGUGCACCUAACCUUUUGAUUGGAUCAUUGCCGUGGACUUGCUUAAAUCACUUUUUUUAUUUAUUUAUUUUUGUUAAGCCUCCUUCUUUCACUCCAUAUACUUUUUUCCUUUUUGAACUAUGGGAACUUUUUGGUGGGGACAGAGUGCACUGGACGAAUUAAUUGAAAAGGCUACUUCGGAGUUACUGCCAGCUGGGCAAGUUGAUCUAGCGCUUCAUCUCGAGAUUAGUGAUCAAAUAAGAAGUAAAAAGGUGAAUGCUAAAGAUGCCAUCAAGUCACUUAAGCAACGCCUUGGACAUAAGAAUCCAAAUGUUAUCCUGGCUACGCUGUCUCUGGUGGAUACCUGCAUGAAAAAUAGCGGAAGUAGUUUUGUAAAAGAAGUCGCGACCAGGGAGUUUAUGGAAGAAAUCACGCAUUUGAUUAAAGUACCCACUGGAUGCAAUCAAGAUGUGAAGCAAAAAGUACUUUAUCUCAUCCAAGUGUGGGGAAUAGCAUCUAAAGGGAAUACUUCAUUGAGUUAUAUAUCAGGAACAUAUAGCUUACUGCGUGCUGAAGGAUAUACAUUUCCACCUAUCACAGAGCGAAUUGAUUCUAUUUUAUUAGAGACUGCUAUCGCCCCUGAAUGGACUGAUUCAGAUAAUUGUGAGCGUUGCCGAAUUCCCUUUACAAUAACCAAUAGAAAGCAUCAUUGCAGACAAUGUGGUGCCACAUUUUGUCAACAAUGCUCAUCUAAAAAUAUCCCUUUGCCACAUUUGGGAAUCAAUGAUAUUGUACGUGUAUGCGACGGAUGCUACAUUAAAGUGAAACUAUCCAAAGUUGCUGAUAAGGAUGCAAUCCCAAAUUUGCUGGGUACAACAGCCUCCAUCUCCUCUUCAUUGACGCCGACAUAUACUCCUUCGAUUAAAAACCGAACUGCUGUUGCUGCUGAAACCAUCACGACAACAACUGCGAAUCAGGUAACCGAUGAUCAGUUCGAAGACGACUUAAAAAAGGCUAUCGAAAUGUCUCUUAAGGAAUCCGAAAAGCCGUUGUAUUAUAAGAAGGAAGAGGUUGUCGUGAAAAAGACGGCGGAAGAAGAAGAGGAAGAAGAGAAUUUGGCAAAAGCUAUUGCUGCUUCUUUGCAAGAUUUACAAGUCUCACACAAAUCUUUGGAAUACAAUAGCGAUGCAUUGUCUUCGCUUGAUAUGGAGAAUAUUCAAUUAUUUUCAAUGCUCAUGCAACGUAUUCAUUUGAAUGGGGGCGAUGUUUCUGGAGAUAGAGAUAUCAACAAGCUUUACGUUCAGAUUGGUUCACUUCAACCAAAAUUGGUAAAGACUCUGGACGAGACUAGUCAAAAACAUGGUAUAAACACGAAUUUGAUUAUCGACAAAUAUAAAAACACAAAACUUACCUUGUUGUAAAAAUAGACGUUUUCGUGGCUUUGCACAACAAAUUGAAUAACGCCGUUAAAGCAUACGAUAGGUUGUUAGAAGAACGAUUGUCCAAGUCUGCACAACGCCCUUAUUACUCCAACCCUCCUCCUCAACACCAUUCUGAUCCUCAGAACUAUA